ACUGCUUUACGAGAUUUGUGCUUACGUCAUGACUAUUUGUGCACAAUGAUAGUUAGAAGGUGAAACUGUAGGAAAACCGUACUCCGUCUAAAAGCAGAAUUUAUCGUUUAUUGAACAAGGGAUCACAGAUUUAAACAUUGGUUAUGGAAGAUGAGGAGAGCCCCAGACCUCGAGUUCAGAGCCUUCCUUCGGACUACAGCGAUGUCCAGCCUGAAUCUUAUGACUCAGAAUUCAUAAGUCAGAUUAGCAGCAAGAUGCAGGUGCCCUAUAACCUCGGUGGAGAGGAAUGGGUGAGGUCGGAUAACAGAGGGGUGUCAGAACCCGAUCUCUCGUCCUUCACAAACAUGAUGGUUCCAGACAAAAUCAUGGUGGCAGGUGAAGGGAAGCAUCUAGGAGGCAGGCAAGGGUUUCAAGAGUUGGAGUUUGAUAAGACAAGGUCUUACAACCAGUAUGUCGGUCUACAGACCCCACCCAGAACUCUCACAAUGGAGGAAACAUUGAACUUUCCCAUGUUAGAGGAGAAGAUUGAGGAAAAGAGGGAACAAAAUAUGUCACAAAACCAAAGUCGCAGAUACGUACCUAACGGAGAAUUGAGCUCAAGGCAACCAUUACCCUUCAUCCCCGGAGAUUCCAUUAAUGAGUCACUGCUGAUGAAUGACUUGGACGAGAACACACGGUUGAGGAACGCAGUGGCGAAGCUGACUCGUCGUGUACAGGAUUUGGAGGACAAUGAUAAAACGCGAUCAUACAUUCUGUAUCCCACUGUGGUAGUACUCUCGCUAAAAUUACUGUAUGAUGUCUUCAUUAAGUCUAAAUGACUAUAUGGCAGAAGGCAGCGGUAAAUCGUUGAAGUGACAUUUUCAUAUAUAAAAACAUUAACAUGAAAUGUGAUUUUAUGUACAUUUUUUUCCUGACUAACAGUCUUUAUUUUUUCACUGCAUACAUGUUCCGCAUACUGUAAAUAUAUAAUGAUUGUACAAGAAUAAUCGUGUCCCUGGAUUAUGUAAUCAGUGUUAGGAUUUCCGCUUAGCACGAUGUGAAUAUUUUAAAUAUGUAAGUCUGUACAUCAGUUGUACCAAGGCCACAAGGUAACAAUAUUAUCAUUGUCGGCUGACGACAUGAUGCGUACAUCAGUAUUAUGAUACUCUUCAAAGGUCCAGUUUGUGUGGUCAAUACUCAGCAUGUGUCCAGAUUACUUUUGCCAUAUAGUCCAUAGGACAUCUUUACCUAUCAUGGCACACAUUGCAAUGUUAAAAUAUAGUGUGUGUCAAGAUAACUUUUGCCAGUGGCGGAUGCGCCCCCCUCCCCCCCCCCCCCCCCCCCCCCAUAAAUUUUCAAAUUUAAGGUAAAUCGCGGUAUCUUGUUUCAGAAAAUGUACUAAACGAUAAAAGAAACAAUAAUUUCUUCCACUCCAGGAGAAAUGAAUGACAAAAUCUUUUGAUUUCUUGAUUACUUUAUAGGGAGAACUUAAUUUUUUUUCCAAAAAACCCUUAAAAUUUGUGUCAUUUUAUUAAUUUCACAUUAUUAAAAUGAUAGAAAAUAGUACAAAUGACUAAAUAGGAGAAAUAUUUCAAGCCCCAUAAAAUCUGUAAAAUCCAGGAGCUGGACCCACUGCCUCAUAAAGUGGCGCCCCCCCCCCCCCCCGUAACCGCAAUUCCUGUAUCCGCCCCUGUUUGCCAUAUAGUUGAUGGGACAUCUUUAUCUAACAUGGCACACACAAUACCAAUGUUUCACGCCAGACUGUUGACUACAGUGGAAUCAUUUAAAUUUGUGGGUGUCAAUUUUCGUGGAUUGUGGAGAUUUUAUUUUUUUGUUGGGAUGUAAUUUUAUGGAUAUGGUUUCUAUACAUUGAGACAUUGUGUAAUUGUGUAGUUCAGUGUGGUUUGAAAUCCAUGGAAUACAGAUCCUCAUGAAAUCAAUGAAAAUUUAGUCCCCACAAAAUCAAAUGAUUCUAUGGUAGAAAUGGUAAAUUUUUCUUUUAUUAAAUUAAUACUAGAUGUAGUUGGAAGUAGUAUUUUAUAUCUUUGUGAUGAACUAGUCCAUGUGCGCUUGAAGUAGUUUUAUAUUUUAAUGUGAUCAUGCUGAUGCCAUUGACAAGUUGAUUUCAAUGUUUGAAACAUGGGGCCAUAGAUCACUUUACAGACUGUGAAGUUCUGGUGACAGGGGAAGUAACUCCAUAAUUCUUAUCAAUGUACAUAUAAUAAUACUGAAUGCAAUUUCAUACGUCAUACAAAUUUGUUCUCUAAAUCAGAUUCUAAAUGAUUGUGGAGACAUUCAUUUCCAAAUAAAUGUUUACAUAACCAGU